GUGGGGGGUGGGAAGGAGGAGAGAGCAACGCUCGUCUUUUGAAAAGCCUCUGGGAUUGUUUGGGUUCCUUAAUCCAGUCGAAAGAAGGGGGCAGGACUUUGAGCUGCCCUUAAUCGCUUUUUCCUUUGCCAAACAUCCCAGCGGUAAGAGCAACUCUGGGCAGAGUGCGAGAGGAGAAAAAGCUGGCUUGCAAUAGCCCCCAGCCCCUCUGCCUGUGCCCUGAGGAAGCGCCAGAGCACUGGAAGGGCCGUGCAGGGAGGAUUGGCAGCGCUGAUCUGAGUUCUCUCCCCCCGUCCCUGCAAGCUCAGCCUCCUCCUUCUUGAUCCCAGCUAAACCUGGGCUUUAUUCCGACCAGGCUUGGCACCAGGCCACUACACUUCUCGUGAGUCCCUGUGCCAAGGGGGCUUCUCUUUUUUUCUCAAUGAGAGAUCCUUGAGCGUCGAGCACGUCGGGGGGAUCGGCUGAGUGCAAGAAGGAUCAAGGGCUCUGCGUGAGCUCAGAAGCUCUGGCCCCACGGACGGACACGAUGAGCACACGGCAGCUCAGCUGGAUGAGAUGCCUGCCAGCUGCCCUGUGGCUGUGCUGCCUGCUGCCUGAGGGGAGCUGCACCUGGAGCCUGGCAGGACUCCAGUACGCCAACCGAAGGAACUGGUGCUCGUACAUAGUCACAAGGACAGUUUCCUGCCAUGUCCAGAAUGGCACCUUCCUGCAGAGGGUGUUCCAAGGCUGCCGCUGGCCUGGGGGCUGCAACGGAGGCAGCUACAGAGCCAUCGUGAGACCAGCGUACAAGGUGGCCUACAAGACGGUCACGGCUCUGGAGUGGAAGUGCUGCCCAGGCCACUCGGGGGUCAGCUGCGAGGAAGAGACCAUCAGCUACGUCGCCCCGCAGGAAGCCGGCCGUCCCAGUGCCCCCCUGCACAGGCUCCCCCUCCGACCAGCAUCCUACUCAGGAUGUUUGAAUUGCAGCAAAGUGGUGGAACUCACAGCGCGUCUCAACAGCCUGGAAGCCAAGGUGGCGUUGCUGUCAGCAGCCGAGUCUGCAACCUCUCCAGUACCCAACAGACACCUCGUAACCAAGGGGGAUGCCCCCUCAGAUUCCUACCUGCUCUGGGGGUCUCCAUCCACCCACGGGAGCCCUGGGGAUGAAGGUGUGAAAGGGAACCCAGGAGUGGGAGAGCCGCUGCGGGGUGCCGGUCCUGGACGGGAUGGGAAACCAGGGCCCCAAGGACCCCGAGGCCCAUCGGGUCCCAAGGGAGAUGCUGGGAGCCAGGGGCCAUCAGGAAUCCCUGGAGCCAAGGGUCCCGCUGGACCACCAGGCCCCCCAGGCCCGCCAGGGCAGGAUGGUGCAAGGGGCAUCCCCGGAGAGAAGGGAUUUCCGGGCCUUCCAGGGCCCCCGGGACCCCCAGGGCCCCCUGCCCCAGUGGGGCCUACAAUAUCCCACAUCACUGACCCAAGGGACCCGCUUCUGUCAAACACCUUCACCGAAUCUGGCAGCGUUGGCACCAUGGGGCCUGCGGGACCCCCAGGGCCUUCAGGGCCAAUGGGUCCUCUGGGCCCCCCGGGGCCAGUCGGGCAGCCAGGCCCUCCGGGGCACGAUGGUUUACCCGGAGCGCCAGGUGCUGACGGAGCCACUGGUCCCCCAGGGGAGAAAGGAGACAGAGGGCAGCCGGGUCCCAAAGGCGAACAGGGGGAGAAGGGCACCUGGGGGGAGGGGUUACACCAGCUCCGAGAGGCUUUGAAGAUUUUAGCUGAGAGGGUUUUAAUCUUGGAAACAAUGAUUGGGCUUUAUGAGCCAGAGCCGGGUUCAGGCGCCGAACCCUUCCCCACUAGCGCCCCCAGCUUCCACCGGGGCAAGCGCGACAGGCUGGCAGGCUACAGAAUCAGCCCACACCAGCUGGCCCAGAAGGCUGAGGAGGAGAGCAAGUGAAGAGGGGGCAGCCCACCCCCAGCAGGGGGCAUCUCCCCAAGCAUGAAGGCCCCCUUGGGUACGCCCCCGCCCCUCCCCCACAUCGUUCUGGACUGUGGCAUGAAGAAACGCUCGAGGAGCCUUCCCAGGCCGUGGCGCUGGCCGGCGUGAUGUCGUAUUUAUUGUGCUCUCGUUCUAAAGAGGCCUGGACCCAGAGUUAUGUGUGUACUAACGGACCCCCUGCUGGCUCCAGCCCCCCCCCCCCCCCCGUGCUCCCCUCAUUGUACUGCAGGGGGCGCUCGUAAUCUCUUGGUGCUAUUGUGGGGAUGGCUUCGAGAUGACCUUGGCCUGUAGCUCCCGGCCUGGCAGGGAUGGCAGAGGGGUUCCCCCUCCUGCCCCCAAACUGCAGAGGGUUUAUCCUGGGCACGCGCCAGGAAUUCAGUCCUGAGGGGGUGCAGGGGAUGGUGCCUUGGCCUUUAUCAGUCCCCAGGGAUUGGCUCAGCCCCAUGGAGCCACGUUCCUGCCUUUUCACCUGUGAAUCCAGCCCCCAAGCAGGGGCAGCUGGCACCUGUAGCGCUGCCCAGCACUAGGCUCUCCACCAGUCCGUUACCCCGUUAUGGGUUUGGGCCCCGGCAGCCCCUGAGCAGCUCUGCCCGUCCACCGGACACUAGCACUGAGGUGGGGCGGCCCCAGCUGAACACUGAAAACCAGGCUGAGCCUGGGUGGAGCGUACACCUGCUCGAACCCUGCCUGCUCUUGGCCACCCUGCUUAUCUCUGAGUGUCCAGACCUCUCUCAGGCCCAGGGGCUUCCACCAUCCAGCCCAUUCUUCCCCCAACCCCUGUGGGGAGCAGCCCGUGACCCAACAGCCAGGCCCCCACGCCGGCUGCUGUGCUGGGAAGGUGUCUGCACACAGACGGGGAUGGGAUGCUAGAACCCACUGCGGCAGGGGCACCCUAGGCAGUCUCGCUCCCAUGUGCCCGCUUCUUACACCCCAAAGCUUUACCUGGAGCAACAGUUCUUCUGGGGCAGGCUCCAGCUGAGCCUCAGGCAGGUCCCCUUCCAGCAUCCCCAGCCCCACUCUGGGCACCUUCCCCCAGGGAGGAGGGAUCUUCCACCUGGAGGCCGAAGUGUCACCAAGGGCAGUCGCCAUGGGCAUGGCUGGACACAGGCAGAGGCCAGGCCUUAGCUCCCUGCUCCACCUCCUUGAUCAGCAUCCCCUCAGCUAACCAUGGCUGGGGAGGGCUCCAGGGGAGACAUAAUCAAAACCUACCUAGCAGCAGCACAGCCUUGCCCCACCUCCCACCAGCCUUCCCUGUGGGCCCUGAGACCCACUAACAACUGGGAGAGCUGCCGUAAAAUGGGGAGAAAGGCCAGGAGCAGGGAAGUCUGGGGUCAUUAGCGGGGAGGCCCGUCUGAAACCAGCACCCAGUGCAACCCUGUCACCAACUGCGCAAGUGGCUGGGGAGGGCACCUGCCUUUGUAUUGUAUACGCUCGGGAUCCCGGCCAAGCGGGGGACAAAUGGUCUAAAGGUCAUUAAAACGUGUCCCUAAGCUCCA